AAUAAUCAUUUCAAUGUCAGGAGGUUAGUUUAUAUUCUAUACUUUGGUUUUAACUUUUAACGACAUGGUCUUUACACUUAAACAAUAUUUACAUUAUAGUUUAAGAGGUGUGCCGGUGUCUACUGUCUAGUUUAAAACCAAUACAUUAUGAAUAUAUUUUAGAUAUCAAGCAAAGAUGAAUCCUAUGACCAAUGUGAAGAAUGUUUUAAAAUUAAGUGAACGUGAAUUAACCGGGAAUUCUAAGAGUUCUUGGCAUGAUCAAUACAAAGAUAGUGCCUGGAUUUUUGUUGGUGGUCUCCCUUACGAUUUAACUGAGGGGGAUGUUAUAUGUGUCUUUUCUCAAUAUGGGGAGAUUGUAAACAUAAAUUUAGUUAGAGACAAAGAUACUGGAAGAUCAAAAGGUUUUGCAUUCAUAUGCUAUGAAGACCAACGGUCAACAAUACUUGCUGUUGACAAUUUAAAUAGUAUAAAGAUUUUAGGCAGAACAAUCCGGGUUGAUCAUUGUGAGCAGUAUCGAGCACCAAAUGCAGAUAUGAGUAAAAUUGAUGAAGUAACAGCUGCUAUAAGAACUGAAGGGUGCGCCCCAGCUCUAUUGCCUCAGCCUGUACCUGAAGUGCCUGUUAAAACGGAAAAAGAGCAUAAAGAAAAAAAGAAGAAGCACAAAGAAAAAAAGAGCAAAAAGAAAAAGAAGAAAAGAAGUAAAUCCAAUUCUGAUUCUAGUGAUAGUGAUUAAUAUAAGAAAAAAUAAAUGAAUGUAGAUAAUAAA